AUGGCGGAGGCUGCAGCACCGUCCGGCCUGGCGGACGCCAUCUCACGGUGGCAGCGCCGAGAAAGGGAUCGAGAGCUCCACUCCGCGGACAGGGCCGUGCUAGCGGCGCAGGAGGCGGAUCCGAGGGAAGCCACGGAUGUCUUUCUGGCUCGCCAUGCAAGGGAGAAGGCCGCUGCUGAGGCUCUCGUUGGGGCGGGCCUGGCGGAGGCGUCCUACUGGCUCCCCCAGUACGACCUGCGCCGGCUGACGGCCGAGCUGACGGACAUGUCCGAGGCGUUGGAGGAGACUCUGCGCGCCUCGGGCCCUCGGCGGCGAUUCGCCUUUGCACCCACGCCCGAGCCGGCGGGCACGGUGGAGCAGAGCGCAACCCCGGCAGCGCAGGCAGCCGAGGGUGAGCCUCCGCCCCCGGCCUCAGCCGCUGCACUGCAGGGCGCCACACUCGCCCAACCUCCGCACAGGCCGUCCACGCUGCACUUCAACUCGUCGACGCUGCCGAGUGGCUCCCCCUUGGUCGUGAGCGGGGAGGAGGUGAGCUUGACGGGACUGCGGGACCAGGCCAUCAUGCUGCUGGGCUGCCCGGCCGCCCUGUAUAUCGACGAUCUGGAACGGUGCAGCGUGACUGCGGGGCCCGUGGCCGGCGCCUGCCUCAUCGAGGGGGCGAGGGCGUGCACCUUCAACCUGGCGGCGCACCAGGACCUGGAGGGGCAUGGGCUGGGGGAGGAUGCAGGCCACUGGGCCCGAGUGCUGGAUUUUGACUGGAUCAAGUCCACCCCCUCUCCAAACUGGGCGCUGCUGUGA